UUCACAUCUAACUACUAUCCAAUAUACAAACCAUGGGCUUGUGGUCCUUAAUAAACGAGUUCCACCAAUCAAAAACUACUUGGGCAUUCAAAGCCCGGGCUGUUCGUGUCUAUACCGUACCUGCCCAUGGCACUUACGGUGAAUCUUUGCAAUGCAUUUUCUAUGACGCUGAGGUAUUUACUUAAGUUUCCAGAUUGCUUUCUAAUACAUUAAGUAGGUUACUAUAAGAACUAACAACUCUUUAAGCAGGGCACAAAAAUACAUGCACACAUUGCAAAAUCAGAGGUUGCAAAGUUUGAGGACCUGUUUAAGGAAGGAUAUGUUUAUGCCAUAAGACAAGUCUUGGUGCUAGAUAACUAUAUGAAGUUCAAGACAAAAAGGAAUGCUUUGAAGUUGUUAUUCAUCAAAGGAACUGAUGCUUUUCAAAUCUCAGACAUUAUUUUUCCAAUGAGAAUGUUUGACUUCACAUCUAUUGCUGCCUUACAAGAUGCUGAAGUUAUUGACGAAACCUAUGCCAUAGAUGUGAUCGGCAAGGUAACUUCCAUGUCAAACCCAAAGUCCCUAACAAAGAAUGGUAGAGAAAUGAAGUUGCUUGAUCUAACUCUUGGUGAUGCCAACGGAAAUACAAUCACUUGCACUUUGUGGGAGAACAUGGUAGAAGAGUGUGGAUUUUCUGAAAACAAAACCAAAGUCUAUCACUCUUAUUCUUCAACGCUGCCAUGCAAAAAAGUUCCAGGGUCGGGUUAGGGUAACAAACAUGUUCCAUGUGACCAAGAUGUUACUGAAUAGCAAGAACAUGGAGUGCGCAGCUUCCAAUGCCACAUAAUGAUGACGAUGUGGACGCUCUAGCCUUAGCUACUUUUGUUACCCCUUCUUUUCAAGAUGACCUAACUGCUGGAAAAGUCCAGUUGGUUUCAAUUGAAGAUCUAUUGAAAUUUGAAGAGGAUGGAAAACACUGGGUUUGUGGAGAGAUGUUGACAAUAUACAGCUACAGAGAUUGGUACUACAUAUCUUACAAAGGGUGCAGCAGAAAGGUGUCACCUGAAGGUGACAGUUUUAGAUGUGGUGUGUGCAACACCAAAGAAGUAGUUCUAAGGUACAAAAUUAAUGUUAGGGUGAUGGAUGAGACAGGUCAUGCUUCUUUUGUAUUUUGGGACAAAGAAUUCAUUGCUUUGGUUGGAAAAACUGCAAGUAAUCUUCAUGAGGAGAUUGAAAAGGUUUUCUAGAAGAAACAUCAAGUAUUUAAUGGUUAUAUAUCUAAUAGACUUAUAAAAAUUAAUAAGUUUAAGAUUUGUGGGAUUUACAGAAAAGUGUUGGGCCGUACUACUUUCCAGAAAAGUGUUGGACCGUACUACUUUUCAGUCGAUAUGAGAAGUAUGUGUACUUAUUAUUUUACCUAUAUAGUUUAUGUUUGUGUUUAAAAUGAGAUAUUUAAAUGCUAUACUCAUUUCAGGUCAUCAUCCCUAAUGAGGAAGAUACCAGCCCCCUACUGUCAAAAGAAAAAGGUAAGGCAGUUGUGGUGAACUACGAGGCCAUCAAUAGGAAGCUGUUUGAUGAGCCCCCUCCUGUUCACCCACCAAAGAAGCUGAAGAUAGUGAAAUUGGAAAAGGAGUAGCAAUGUUUAAAGUAUUAAGAAUUUUUUGCCCAAAUGAAGCAUAUCAUGUAUGCAACAUUUUCCUAUGUGUUUUUGUUAGUGCAUUAGCAUUUCACAAACAUGUUUGCUGCCGGGAACAACUUAGGGAUAAGAUUAGGUUAUGUUACAAACUUUUGGUGUGGGUUAUUUUUCGAGAUAAUCUAUUUUGAUCCUAAGUUUGUAAGUUUUGGCAUUUGUUGCCAAGUGUAAUGUAACCUAUUCUGGAUUUAAUGAUAAUUAUGAUAUGUAAAUUAUGUUCUAUUU